CGGCGUUGUCUGAGCGAAUUUUCGCCCGGGGAAGUGGACGCUGUUUAGUAAAUCUGCCCCCUAGUGCCUCGGAUAUGUAGACUAGAAUGAUGACAUCUUUCCUUCCGUUUCCAUAGCGUCCGCCCUCAAGAGCCGGAGAUUAAAUUCAGUUCAAGGCAAGCCGCCCAAUUCCCUUUUGGAAAGUUAGUGGUGGAGGAGAGAAGAGGAGGUUGCGCCCAACAUCACUGUCCAUGGUGCUGAAACACAAGCAACUGCCUCCAAGGCUUUUCUCUCUGCAGCUUCUCCACUUCAUCAAGGACCAAUCUCCUUAUUGAGCUCAAAUGUGACUUUACUCGCAGUGAUCUAACGAGAGACGAGGAGUCUUAUUAAUGCAACGAAAAUAUUGCGCUGCUGAUUGGGCUUGAAGCAAGUUAAGUGCACCGGUGUUAUAUAUAUAUAUAUAUAUAGAGAGAGAGAGAGAGAUAUUUUCUGCUGUUUCGUUAAAUCAAGACUUUCUCGACAAUUUCCGACGUAAAAUGGAUUUUUAAACCACCAAAGAACCUAGGAACAUGACAGUUUGAUUGAGGAAGAAGGACACUGACAGCUCCACUUUUUAACCGGACUCCGCCAUCGGCGAGAUUUUACUCGCCAUUCAAAGAUUUUUAUACCAACAUGAGAAACUGUUUUUCUUUAAAUACCAUCUAAGCAGAAGACUCCCGUGUGGCCAUAAUGGAUGUAAUAAAGCAAAGGGUUUUAGCCAAAGGCAAAGAAGGGCUAAAGAACGUGGCUAGUAAAUCACUCGGUCAGCUAUACAGAGUUUUGGAGAAGAAAAAGAAAACCGGUGAAAAUAUCGAGUUGACUGAAGAUGGGAAACCAGUGGAGGUGUCGGAGAAAAAGGCUCCUUUAUGUGACUGCACCUGUUUCGGGCUCCCCAGAAGGUACAUCAUCGCCAUUAUGAGCGGACUGGGAUUCUGCAUUUCUUUCGGGAUCCGUUGCAAUCUGGGAGUGGCUAUUGUGGAUAUGGUUAAUAACAGCACCAUUCAUCAUGGGGGCAAAAUUAUCAAAGAGGAAGCCAAAUUUAAUUGGGAUCCGGAGAUCGUCGGGAUGAUCCACGGCUCGUUCUUUUGGGGUUACAUAGUGACUCAGAUCCCAGGGGGAUACAUUGCAUCCAGAUUAGCAGCUAACAGGGUGUUUGGUGCUGCCAUUGUCCUCACCUCGGCUCUGAACAUGUUGAUCCCGUCAGCAGCGAGGGUUCACUAUGGCUGUGUGAUGUUCGUGAGGAUUUUGCAAGGGCUCGUGGAGGGUGUCAGUUACCCAGCAUGCCAUGGGAUAUGGAGCAAGUGGGCUCCACCUCUGGAAAGAAGUCGCCUGGCAACAACGUCAUUUUGUGGAUCCUAUGCAGGAGCUGUAAUCGCGAUGCCAUUGGCCGGGAUUCUUGUGCAAUACACCGGUUGGUCGUCUGUGUUUUACGUCUACGGAUGUUUUGGUCUGGUCUGGUACCUCUUCUGGAUCCUGGUGUCCUAUGAAAGUCCAGCCAAGCACCCGACUAUUACUGACGAAGAACGAACCUACAUAGAGGAGAGUAUUGGGGAAAGCGCAAACAUUUUGGGUGCCGUAGAGAAAUUCAAGACUCCCUGGAGGAAGUUUUUUACCUCAAUGCCGGUCUAUGCAAUUAUCGUUGCAAACUUCUGUAGGAGUUGGACAUUCUAUCUUCUCCUUAUCAGCCAGCCAGCUUACUUUGAAGAAGUCUUUGGAUUUGAGAUCAGCAAAGUGGGGCUUUUGUCUGCUGUUCCCCAUCUGGUCAUGACAAUUAUUGUACCUAUUGGAGGACAAAUUGCCGACUUCCUUAGAAGCAAAGAAAUUCUCACAACAACCACGGUCCGAAAAAUUAUGAACUGCGGAGGAUUCGGCAUGGAAGCUACCCUACUGCUUGUCGUUGGCUACGCCCACAGCAGGGGUGUUGCAAUAUCAUUCCUGGUCCUUGCAGUCGGCUUCAGUGGAUUUGCUAUUUCUGGCUUCAACGUUAACCACCUUGAUAUUGCUCCUCGUUACGCCAGCAUCCUAAUGGGCAUUUCCAAUGGCGUCGGCACCUUAUCUGGAAUGGUUUGUCCCCUUAUCGUUGGAGCAAUGACCAAGCACAAAACAAGAGAGGAAUGGCAAUAUGUCUUCCUGAUCGCUGCUCUCGUCCAUUAUGGCGGCGUCAUAUUCUACGGAAUAUUUGCGUCCGGAGAGAAACAGCCGUGGGCCGACCCCGAGCAGACCAGCGACGAGAAGUGCGGUUUCAUCAACGAGGACGAACUGGCAGAAGAAGCCGGGGAUAUCAGUCAAAAUUACAUCAAUUAUGGCACCACCAAAUCUUACGGGGCCACAACGCAGAUGAACACGGGUUGGCCGAAUGGCGGAGAAGAAGGCGUUCAAGGAGAUGGACAGGAGUCUUUCCAUUACCAGGAGGAGAACUACUCAUAACAAAGCUCCACAUUUCUAGAUAUAUAUAUUUAUUUUUCUUUGUA